AUGUCGAUGAUGCACACGGAGAUGCGACGGCAUGAUUCUGGAGGGAGCAGCAGUAGUGUCUACAGCAGCAUUGAGGCCGAAAGCCCAGGGCCUAAAUACUUGAGGAUCGACGUGACGCUGGGUGGGACGUUUUGGCUUGGCGUAGACAUUUCGCCUUCGCCCAUCAAAAAAGAUUUCCGGUCGACCGCGGUCCGACUUCAUAUGAUGGCGGCUGCUGCUGCUGCUGCCGCCGCUGCUAUCGCUUGCUGCGUGAUCGUGCCAUCUUCACCUCGCCUUGACCCAGACGUUCAUCCCGCUGAUACAUCCCUCCAGUCCGAUCCGAUAUGUCAACAUUCUCUCAUUGGGAUGCGCCAAUUGCUCCUCGCCAUCGAGAUCUACAAUCAUCAUCGACCGAUGGCACCUAUUCACCCAUUGAUCCGAAUGUUACCAUAUCAACUCAACCCUCACCUGACUGAAAAGCCAAUGCAGAGAUCACUCUAUCGUGAAGCAAAGUACGGCUCAAGAGAGAAUGCAGAGGCUUUCAUGGAUAGGACCGAGGAAAAAUUGAGACAAGUUGGCAUCACACCGUGCCGAGAAGGUCUCGUAUCCUCUACUCACCUAUCACAUCGCCUUCAAACUUUCGCACUCUUACGACACCCCUCACAUCAUCUCGAACUCUGUCUCGACCUCAUGCUCGCGUACCAUACGACACCAGUCGAUACGUCAAAUCGCGCGUUCUUGGCUGAGCUCGGCGUCAAGCAUGGCCUAUUUGGAACCACUUCAGAGGCUCUCACUUGGCUCGCAGGGGACGAAUAUGAUCACGAAGUCAACCGGGCUUACGGCGUCGCACGGCGGCUAGGCGUCACUGGUAUCCCAUUCUUCGUCUUUCAAGGCCGAUGGGCAGCGAGUGGGGCUUUGAGCGUGGAGGAAUUUGUCAAGCUCUUGCAAAAUAUUAUGCGCCGCGAAUCAAUCGGUUCCACUGCGCCGUCACCUACUUCCACCAUCCACGUUCAUGAGCCCUCCAAAGGCGAAUACGAGCACGCCGAGUACCGCGCGAGGGCCCUAGAACCCGAUGGACAUCCAGAUGUUUCAGCAGGCGGGAAACUACCCGUGACUCCCGGUUCAGACGCACCUGCACCUGAGAUUCUAGGGAAUGGAGAUAGAGCUUCCCCAUUCGAUCACGGUCUGUCGAGCCACCAAAUGAGAGGUUCGAGGUCUGGUUCAGGCUCCUAUGAUCGUCGAUCGGGCGGCCCGCCCGGAGAUUAUCCACGACAAAGUGUAGAGAUCCUUCGGAAUGAAAGGGGAGAAUAUCAUCAACCUCGAUCGUAUCCCGCCAGUGCUGGAUCUGGGACUGGACCCGGGCAACAGCAACCGUCGGCGGCUGCUUUUGAUCCUGUCAGUCGGACAUUACCUCUGCCUCGGUACAUGGGUCCAUCGUCUCGACAUUCACCGGCUAGGAGUCCAGGAAGAGAAGGAAGAAAUGAGAGAGUGGGGUUCGGGUUGAGCGAUACACGAGGCAUGGGGAUAGCAAGUUGA